AUGCUAAUUGUCGUAGGACUCUUAAAGGUCCUGAAGGUGAUGUUCAGUAGCACGUUCGCGGUAGCUUUCCUCAAUAUACCAAACCCGGUCCUAGCGUUGGGGGGCAUCAAGAACUGGUCCCGGAAGGCCUUGUACAACAAGAUCGACCUGUGCACGCAGGCCUGCUACAGCCAGAUCAUCCCCGGACUGUACCUGAGCAAUGCAAGGGCUGCAGGAGACAAAAAUGUUCUUAGACAGCUUGGCAUCACCCAUGUGCUCACCGUUGAGACUCGUCGACUACCACCGUCGACAUUUGUCAACACCAACAUCAGCACACUCUUCAUUAGGGCCUACGACACUCCUCAAACCAAUCUCCUGCCCUACUUCCCAAUGGCCAAUGCCUUCAUCGAAGAAGGACUGCACAAAGGAAACGUCAUCGUCCACUGCCAUUUCGGAGUAUCCCGCUCUGCUACUAUUGUCAUCGCCUAUCUCAUGGAGAAGUACAAGCUGACGUACCCUCAGGCGCACGCCUACGUGCGACAGAGACGGAAAUUCAUCAAUCCUAACCCAGGAUUUGUAGCGCAGUUGAAAGAGUACGAAAGAUUGAACUACGACGUCAGUACUUUCCAUAGAUUUGGCGCAUACGUGGAUGUGAACGCUCGAAGGCAUAAGUAUAAAAUAGCAUCAGUAGCUGCCAUUGUCUUUGGUAUCAUGGUGCCGAUGGUUGUGUUGGUUGGUUGA